AUGUAGAGGACACAAUCAAAUGUUUCUAUUCUUAAUGCCUGGUUUAAUUUAGAGAAGGCUUUGAUUGAUGCUUAAGUACCUGAAAAUGAAUAGGUUGCAAUAAUUUCAAGGCCACCUACAUCAAAGAUGAUGAGAGAUUAUUCAAAUUAUCACUCAGUAUGAGAAUGGUUUGAACUUUAGCAACAAAGAGCUUAAUCAUUAAGACCUUUGACUGGAUUGACAAGACCUUCAACUGCAAUAACAAUGAAGAAGCCUAUUGAAUAUUAAGAUAAAACAGCAACAAUUUAAUAAUCUUAAAGAAAGAUGUUCAGAAAAAAAGUGAACCAAAGACCCUUUAAAAAGUAUGGUUUUGAUAACAUUCAUAUUCAAAAGUAAUAUAUAGUUUAAUUAUAGGGAAGAAUAGGAAGGUGAUAUAUCAGAAGAAGAACUGAAUUUAUCAGCAGUUAUACAUACUUUAGAUGUGGAUUAAAUAAUAGAUUUAUAUAAUAGUAAAUGUAAAGAUAGAGAACUUGAAUAUUAACCAGAACAUGCUGUUUUAUUUAUAGAAAAGUUUAAGAAAUUAUGCAUAGAUGAAUAAUUCAUUUGUGAAGACAAUUAAUUAGGUUUAGAGAGUGCCAAAACAAUUAGAGAUAUGUUACUCUAUAACAAUCAUUUCUCUACAUUGAGAUUAGCAAGAAAUUCUAUAGGAGAUGAAGGUCUAAUGGAAUUAUUAGAGAUGUUGAAAGUCAAUAACAAUAUAGUUCAUAUAGACUUAUCAAGUAACAAUAUAACAGCAGAUGGGGCUUUUUAUUUAUUUAAUGAAUUAGUUCCAUUACAUUCAAUUAUAUCUAUAGAAUUAUCAAGUAAGGAUGGUUUGAAUAGGAAUAAAGUAUCUGUUAAAGGAUGUGAACCAAUUGAAACUAUUUUAAAAUACAAUCAUCCUUUGUAAUUUCUAGGUUUGAGAGGAACUUCAAUAUAAAAUGCUGGUUUUGAAUGUAUUCUAUCUGGAUUGUAAACAAAUAGUACAUUGUCAUAUUUGAAUGUUUCUAAUAAUGAUUUAAAUGAAGAAGCUUGCAAUUAUAUGGUUUAAUAUAUUUAAGUUUGUCAUUUAGUUGAAUUAGAUUUAAGUUAUAAUCCUUUAGGUAAUAAUGGAAUGGAUUAUUUAUCAAGGAUAUGUGAUAAAGGUAGUUUUAUGUUAAAAAAAUUAAAUUUGGCAGGAUGUGAAAUUAAAUCAUUAGGAAUAUUGAAAUUAUUUUAGAGUUUAACAGUAAAUCGAUUUUUAGAAAAGUUGAUUUUAGAUGAAAAUCAUUUUUCUGGAAAUGGAUUCAAUUAAAUUGAACAUGUUUUAACAUCUAAAAUACCAUUAACUUAUUUAUCAAUGGCUAAAUGUAGUAUUAAUGCUUCAGGAGCAGAUUAUAUAGGUAAUGGUAUUGAAAGAAAUAGAACACUUAAAACACUUAUAUUAAGAGAUAAUAGAUUGACUGAUAUAGGAGCAGAGUGUAUAUUUAAAGGAUUAUUUUUUGAAAAAUUAGAUUUGAAAAGAUGCAAUCUUACAGAUAAAUGUGUAUUAGGAUUAUGUAAUAUGAUUAAAUAAAGUACUUAAUUAACAACAUUAUUAUUACCUGAUAAUGGUUUUCAUGAUUCUUCAGGAAUUGUCAUAUGUGAAGCUAUACGAAUUAAUUCAUCAAUGUAAUUAUUAUGGAAUACUUAGAUUAAAUUUAGAUAUUUGUGAAAAUCCAUUGAGUUAUAAAUAUAUUGAUUAAAUAAAUAAAGUUAUUGAAACCAAUAGAUUGAAAUAUGAACUUGAUAGAGUACCUAUGUAUAAAAGAGAAAUUGUUAAACUUAAUAAUAUUAUUUAAAUGAAACCAUCAUUAGAAAAAGAUUAAAAUGAAAAUUAAUAAAAAAAAGCAAGAUCACUUUAAACAUUAGAAAAAACAAUUGAAGAAAAAAAUAAAGUUAAAAUAGAAUAAAUAUAAAAAACUACUGAUAUGGAUACUAGAUUAUAAUAAAUUUAAUAAUAAUCAAGAUAAAUGGAUAUUGAUAAAAUUAAAUUUGAUAAUGAAUCAAAUAUGUAUUUAAUUAAAAUGGAUGAUGAAAUAAAUGAUUAUUAAAAGAAAAUGUCUGAAUGUCAUUAAGUAAUUACUCGUUUAGAAAAAGAAAUUAGAGGUUUAAAAGAUUAAAGACAUGUUCGGAAAGGUCAAAGUGAUUCUAGAUUAGAAAUGUUAAGACAAUUAAAUAGAGCAGAAGAAAGAGCACUUUAAAGAGCAGAAAUGGAAAAAAAACAAUUGGAAGAAAGGAUAAAGGCCAUGUAAGGAAAAGAAUCCAUUACUAGUAGAAGGAAAACUAAGUAAUUGUCUUAAAAUAUUUAAUAAAAAUAAUGAAUAAAAAAUAUACAUCUUCCAAUUUAAAUCCUAAAAUCUUAGACGAUAGAGAUGAAAUUAACUUUGGAACUUCUCUUAUUGAUGUUAUCUUGGAUUAGAAACAUUUUAAAUAUUUAACAUGCUUUCUUGAUACUUUGAGUCUUAUUAAUCUAUAACUUUCUUCAAAAGUCUUUAAGAUCAGACAUUGGAGAAUUUAUUUUAAGAAGAUUAUAUUUGAAAGAUUAUGUAAGCCAUUGGAUCAUAGAUUAAUCUCUUAAUUUAGCAUUGAUCAAAAAUGUGUAUAAUUUAUAUUUUGGGAUUCUGUGAUUGAUUUUAAAAGGUUAAACUUAUAAUAUUCACAUCAAUAUAAAUAUUACUCAUGUUAACAAUCAAUAGAAGCAUCUAAUAUAUAAAAAGAUAUUGAUCGUACAUUCUCAUAACAUUAAUACUUUAAAUAAAUUCAUAAUCGAUAAAGAUUAUAAAGAAUUCUAAUUGCAUUAUCUGAAAUACAAGAAUAAAUUGGUUACAUUUAAGGAUUUAAUUAAAUUGCAGGUUGUUUCUUAAUUAAUGGUCUUAAUGAACAAUAAACUUUUUGGAUUAUGUAUUAUAUUUUGAAGAAAAUGAAAUACUCAACAAUAUUCUAAGAUUAAUUUAAUGAACUUAAAUUUUUGAAUUUUACUGUUGCAGUAUUUUUAAGAAAUUAUGUUCCAUCUCUAUCUAAUGAAUUUGUAAUUCUCUUUAUUUAUUUAGUUAUAAAACAAAAUAGAUGUUGGUAUUAUAACAACUAGAUGGUUUUUAGUGAUUUUUGGCUAUGAUCUACCUUAAUAAUUAGUAAUAUAAUAUUUAUAUUUAUAAGUUGAUUUAAGUUUGGAAUAUGUUCUUAAUGAAAGGUAUUAAAAUAUUAAUAAGAAUCUCUAUUGCAAUUUUUAAAUUAGUUUCUGAUUUUGAAGGAAUCAAUGAUUUAUAUGAAUUACUCAAAGAAAAUCUUUUUGAUCUCUUAGAAACUAAUGUUUAAUUAUAAGUUAAGCUUAUUGAAUAUUUCUUGACCAUUAAAAUAACCAAUCGUUUAAUAUAAGAAUUAAAAUAUAAAUUUGAAACUGGAGAUGAAUCUUUAAGUCUUUCAUUUGAUUAAAUCUAAAAAAAACAUUAUUGGAGAAAAGGUGGUGAUAGUGCAAGAAGUUUAAUUAGUUCAUUUAAUGAAAUAAUUAGUGAAUUUUAAGAAGAAAAAGAUGCAUUUUUUUAGAGAUCUUAAUUGUUCAUGAAUGCCUUUUUUCCUAAGAUGAUAAAUAAAAAUUAUUUAGAAAUUUCAGAAGGUAAAAAAAACUUAUCUAUUAAUAACAUUGAAAAAAGGCCAAAAUUGAUAAAACGAUAGAUUAUAUCUUAAUAAUUUAAAAUGUCCAUUCCAUAAUCAGCCAAUGGAGAUUAAGUAUUAAUUAAAAUAAUUAGGAAUCUAACAUAUAUGCAGAUGAACUUUAAAGUAGAAUGAGUCCAAAAGAUGAUGAAUCUAUAGAACUUGAAUGUACUCCAGACAAAAUAUUCAAAUUUUCUAAUAAAAAAAGAUGA